AUGGAAGUCCCCAAGUGUCCCCAGUGGGUACAAGGGGACCAGGAGACUGCUGAGAUGGUGGUGGGGACCAUGGUGGGCCCUGAGGGUUACAGAGGGGUCCUUGGAGAUCCCUUAGACCUUUUGGGGGACCUCAUGGGCGCUCGAUGUCCCUCCCCGUCCCCCGGCCUUCAGGACGCGGUGAAGAUCAUGGCAAAGGACCUGGUGCGGACGCGGCGCUACGUGAAGAAAUUCAUCACCAUGAGGGCCAACGUCCAGGCCGUGUCCCUCAAAAUCCAGACCCUCAAGUCCAACAACUCCAUGGCCCAAGCCAUGAAGGGCGUCACCAAGGCCAUGGCCACCAUGAACCGGCAGCUGAAGCUGCCUCAGAUCCAGAAGAUCAUGAUGGAGUUUGAGAAGCAGGCAGAGAUUAUGGACAUGAAAGAGGAGCUGAUGAAUGACGCCAUCGACGACGCCAUGGGGGACGAGGAUGAUGAAGAGGAGAGGAUGGAGAAGAUGGGGAUGUGGGGGUUGGGGACAGUGGGGACAUGA